AUGGCCGCAGUUGUGCUACCACCAACUACGACAGGUACUCUCGGUUUGUGGAAUGGGACUAAGGAUGGCGAGGCCGGAUAUAUUGACUAUGCGACUGGAAACACUAAUAUGAAUCGUCCGAAAGAAGUCGACAUUGUUGCGCAUGAUAUUAGACAUAUCAGUCCUCAGCCUACCCUGUUGAAAAAUGGCUACCAAUUAACCGACAUUCCCACGAGUGUGACAACAGAAGAAUUCCUCAACAGCCAAACCCCUGAGGGCAAGAAGCACAUUGAGGAUGUUUACUUCCCAGAAUGCGCCAAGAUCAUUGAAAAAAUUACGGGUGGCGUGGGGCUGGUGAUUCCUACCUCCUUUCGGCUUCGUGAGCAGAAGGGGAACACGAAACAAAGCACGAACGAGAAGUUGGGUGAAGUCGAGGCCAGAUAUGCCCCCAGGCCUGUUGCACAUCUCGAUAGAGAUACCCCAACUGCUAUAAUGCUUUUGAAGGAGACCGUUGGUGCGGAGAAAGCCGAUGAGUUACUGUCUAAGUACAAGCACUGGGCUCAGGUGAACACGUGGCGGCCAAUCGGUAACCCAGCUACGAAAUGGCCUUUGUGCUUCAUCAAUCAUGACCGUAUCCCUAACUGGGACUACGACACCCACGUGGGCCAUAUCUUCUCUAAGAAUGAUCCCCUUGUCGCAGACAGAGGAGCAAAGCCCUACGUUUGCGUAGUGAAACAUGACGAUCGAUAUGACUACCACUACGUCAGUAGCCUUAGGCCGGCGGAAUGCUUAGUGUUCUGCUCUUUCGACUCGGACCCGAAAUUGGCGAUGCCUCACUCGGCUUUCUGGGAUAACAGCACCCCCGAUGAUGCUCCUAACCGGCGAUCAAUUGAGCCAAUUCCCAUAGCCGUCAGUGGAGCCGCGACGAACCUGAAGAUGAACGGCGUCAAGACCCAAGCCAAUGAAGAAAAUGGUGUCGCAACCGAAAUUAUCGGUGACUACCUGCACGUUCUCGAUUCUCGUACGUGGAAGACAUACAAGAUUCCAAUCUCCGACAACUUUGUACGAGCUUCAGACUUGAGCGUCAUCUCCGCUCCAGAAGUCCGACAAAGCAAGGAAUCGGGAGCUGAGAGAGUGCGGAAGCUCGCUGUCUUGGAUCCUGGUUUCCAGCACACCGCUUGUAAAGAGUCGGCAAUCACGCUCAUCGAUGGAGAGAAAGGCGAGCUCUGGUUCCGUGGCAUGCGGAUAGAGGAUUUGUUUCGUCAUUACGACUUCGAUACCACCAUGUAUCUUCUGAUCUGGGGACAUCUUCCCACAAAUGAGGAAAAGGAGCGCUUCGAAUACUCGAUGGCUGCUGCGGCCAGUCCGCCACGGGCUGUUGUCGAUGCUAUCCAAGCCUUGCCCCGCGAAACCGACAUGUACUCGAUCCUUCUCACCGGACUCGCUGCAUAUGUUGGCACCGAUACUGAGAUGAUCACGUCUCGGCACAAUCCCGUUCUGACGUAUCAUAACAACAUGGCCCACACCGACGCCGCCCUGAUCAGGACCAUCGCAUACACCGCCACCGCCACCGCGGUGGCCUACUGUCACAAGAGGAAUAUAGAAUUCACCCAGCCCAAGCAGGGUUUCUCGCUCGUAGAGAACUUUCUGCUCAUGAUCGGGAUCGAUGAUCUGGACAAGAAAAUCUCGCGAACGAUGGAUCGCUUGUGGAUCCUCUAUGCAGAUCACGAACUGUCGUGCUCCACAGCUGCAAGUCUUCACACUGCCUCGACGCUCACGGACCCUCUGUCCUGCGUCCUCGCCAUGAUGGUAGCCGGGGCCGGACCACUCCAUGUCGGAGCGAUCGAGCUGUGCUAUGAGGGCCUAGAAAUGCUCGGCACUGUUGACAAUGUCCCGGCCUAUAUCGAGGCCGUCAAAGCGAGAAAGUUCCGAUUGUUCGGCUACGGACAUCGGGUCUACAAGACUAAAGACCCGCGCGCGACGCGGAUUGAGGAGCUCAUGGAGGAGCACAAGGAGGCCAUUGCGGCGGACCCGUUGCUGCAGGUGGCGAUGGAAAUCGACAAGCAAGCCAACACGGACCCGUAUUUCGUUGAACGGGAGCUCAAACUCAACGCCGACUUCUACAGCUGCUUCAUCUAUACGGCUCUGUGA